CUGGCUAACGAAACUUGUGGCGAGAGAACAGCAGAAUCUGCUCUGGUUUCCCAAAACGCCGCUGUAUUAAGACUUGGAACUCGGAAGUCUUCCGAUAACUUUCUCUCUCUAUAACUUUCUCUCUCUAUAAAUUAGUUUGCAUCACGAACUUUUAUUCAAUCGACAAGUAUCACAACAAGAGUGAUCAAGACAGGGGCGUUUAAGGAAGAGUUAGAGAGAGAGAACUUUUGGGAUUCUUUUUGCAGGUUUGGGAAAUGGCUAGCACACGUGGGAAAGUGAUCAAGUGCAGAGCUGCGGUCGCAUGGGAAGCAGGAAAACCUCUAGUGAUCGAGGAGGUCGAGGUGGCUCCACCGCAGGCCAACGAAGUCCGCCUCAAAAUCUUAUAUACUGCACUCUGCCACACUGAUGUCUAUUUCUGGGAAGCUAAGGGCCAGAAUCCAGUGUUUCCUAGGAUAUUUGGGCAUGAAGCAGGAGGGAUUGUUGAAAGUGUCGGUGAGGGCGUGACUGAUCUCGCACCAGGAGACCACGUUCUCCCUGUUUUCACGGGAGAGUGCAAAGCUUGUGCUCACUGCAAAUCCGAGGAGAGCAACAUGUGUGACCUCCUCAGGAUCAACACUGAUCGAGGAGUCAUGAUAGGCGAUGGGCAAUCAAGGUUCUCUAUCAACGGAAAGCCUAUUUACCAUUUCGUCGGAACUUCCACUUUCAGCGAGUACACUGUUGUCCAUGUUGGUUGUGUCGCCAAGAUCAACCCUUCGGCUCCCCUUGACAAAGUUUGUAUUCUUAGUUGUGGCAUCUCGACAGGUCUCGGAGCUACUCUGAAUGUAGCAAAGCCACCAAAGGGGUCGACAGUGGCCAUUUUUGGAUUGGGGGCUGUAGGUCUUGCUGCGGCAGAAGGGGCUAGAAUUGCAGGGGCUUCUAGGAUCAUUGGUGUUGAUUUGAAUCCUUCAAGGUUUAAUGAAGCAAAGAAGUUUGGUGUCAACGAGUUUGUGAAUCCAAAAGACCAUGACAAGCCAGUACAACAGGUUCUUGCUGAGAUGACUAACGGGGGAGUUGAUCGGAGUGUAGAAUGCACUGGAAAUGUCGAUGCCAUGAUAUCUGCCUUUGAAUGCGUUCAUGAUGGUUGGGGUGUUGCGGUGCUUGUUGGCGUGCCUCACAAAGAUGCUGUGUUCAAAACGAACCCCAUGAAUGUCCUCAAUGAGAGGACUCUGAAGGGUACUUUCUUUGGAAACUACAAACCUCGCAGUGAUCUCCCUUCGGUUGUGGAGAUGUACAUGAAGAAGGAACUAGAGAUAGAAAAGUUCAUCACCCAUGAGGUGCCUUUCUCUGAGAUCAACAAAGCUUUUGAUUACAUGCUUCAAGGUGUCAGUCUCCGUUGCAUCAUCAGAAUGGAGGGUUAAUUUAAAAGAGAGAUCUCUGUUUUACGUGGGAACGUAAAUGCCUGAUGUUCUAUUAUAUCUAAAUAAAUGGGGGCAUUUGAGGGGUUUACUGAGAGUUUAGUGUAAUUUUUGGUUUUUUCAGAAGAGUGGGUUAUUUGUUUGUUUGUGUAUUUAUCAAAGCCGUGUUGAACUUGUAACUUAGUUCUUUUGCUUUUACAUAUAUGCAUGAAUGAGGUUUGCAAGGCGUAUGCAUUACUCUC